AGUAGGUAGCAAAGGUUAUGUAGGAUUAGAUAAGGACAUGGACAUUGAUAGAGCUGUCAUUGUGAAAAAAGCAAACAUGUUGGAUUUGAACUACAAUCUCAAGGUCACUACAAAGCUGAACACCAGAAGUUUACUGUUUGGAUAUUCAGCUAUUGAUAAUCAGCAACCUGGGAAUGCAUCACAUAUCCCUGGAACAUUGGAUUAAAUGAGUGCACAACGCCUUUUGCAUAUUCAGGAUCAUCUCAAAAUAAAAAAGAAUAACUCUCCAGACCACAAAAUGUCACAGAGCCCUCUAACUACCCACAUACUCAACACAGCACAAGGCAUCCCUGCUGCACAUGUUACAGUCAGUGUCGUCAGACUGGAGGACAAAGCAUGGAGAGAGAUUGCAAGAGGGGUUACAAACUCCGAUGGCAGGUGCCCAGGUCUGCUUACAUCAGAAACCUUUGUUCCUGGGAUAUACAAGAUGAAGUUCGCUGUAGAUGAGUAUUGGCAAUCAUUAAACUUGGCCAGUUUCUAUCCAUACAUAGAGGUUGUUUUCAACAUCUCUGAUGCAAGUCAGAAGUACCACAUUGCUCUUCUCCUGAGUCCCUUCUCAUACAGUACCUAUCGAGGAUCCUAAGCGUUCUAAUUGUUCUAGCUGAUAUGAGCUACAUAUUAAGUUUUAAGUCACUCUACAAGGAAGCAU